AUGCGCGCCCGUCCGAGCAUGCUCAGUAGCGCGCGCGGCGCGCCGGCGCUUCCCCUGGCGGCUGCUGACGCGGAGUUCUCCGCGGCUGCUGCGGCUGCGACAGGAAGUGAAGCGGCCGGUCCGGGUGACCGCGGCGGCAGAAACAGAGGCGCUAGGGCUCCGGCGGCGACGUCGUCUAGGGGGUUGGCCGAGGGGGCUGAGCACCUCGGGGACUCGCCGGCUCAGAAGCCGGAUUCCGAACCGGGCAGGAUGGACCAUCACCAGCCCGGGACUGGCCGCUACCAGGUGCUUCACAAUGAAGAGGAUAAUUCAGAAUCAUCUACUAUAGAGCAGCCAUCAACUUCAAACCCAGCACUGCAGAUCGUGCAGACUACUCCUUCAGCAUUAGUACUCGAAACUGACUCUUCUCCCCCACCUUACAGUAGUAUUACUGUGGAAGUUCCUACAACUUCAGAUACAGAAGUUUACAAUGAGUUUUAUCCUGUGCCACCUCCAUACAGUAUUGCUACCUCUCUUCCUACGUAUGAUGAAGCUGAGAAGGCAAAAGCUGCUGCAAUGGCAGCUGCAGCAGCAGAAACAUCUCAAAGAAUUCAGGAGGAAGAGUGUUCACCAAGAGAUGACUUCAGUGAUGCAGACCAGCUCAGAGUGGGUAAUGAUGGGAUUUUCAUGUUGGCGUUUUUCAUGGCGUUUAUUUUCAACUGGCUUGGAUUUUGUUUGUCCUUCUGUAUCACCAAUACCAUAGCUGGAAGGUAUGGUGCCAUCUGUGGAUUUGGCCUUUCAUUGAUCAAAUGGAUCCUUAUUGUGAGGUUUUCUGAUUAUUUUACUGGAUAUUUCAAUGGACAGUACUGGCUUUGGUGGAUAUUUCUUGUACUUGGCCUGCUCCUUUUCUUCAGAGGAUUUGUUAAUUAUCUGAAAGUCAGAAACAUGUCUGAAAGUAUGGCAGCUGCUCAUAGAACAAGAUAUUUCUUCUUAUUGUAGAGAGUUCAUCAACCAGACAUUACUUUCUUACAUCAAUGUGAAAUUUCCACAUCAUCUUGUAAACCUGCAACUUUAAUAGGAUAGAAGACUACUAAUAACAGAAGACAAAUUAGUUAAAAGAUAGACCUUCAAAAUGGAAUGACAGGGUGGUUUAUGCUUAAAAGCCAUUUCUGUUUAUUCCCUUAAAUAUUUAUAUUUCAUUUGUUUUGUGCAGUUGCAUAUGUGCCCCUUUGAAAGAUUUGCAUAUACUCGAAAGACACCAUAAAGUUGUAGCAGUAAAGUCCACAUUUUGUUAAUCAGUGUUUGAUUAAUUCAAAGAGUUGAGUGAUAAACAGUCUUCUAGCAUGUAAAUGCCAUUGACUUCUGACCUGACUUUUUAGUAUAAUAAAAAUGAAAUUAUUAACCAUGUCAAAUGCUUUAGUUUCUGGCUCUCAACACCCUUUGUUAAAUAUAAAGUUUUUUGAAACCUGCAGUGCUGAUUAUUAGAAAGGCUUUGUCAGAUUUUUGAACAUGUUUUUAACAUCAUUACUUAGCAAAGCUCUUUCUGUAAAUAACCAUGCAUAAACUACUUUCUGCAUUGUUUUCUUAGGAAAUUGUGUCUAGGUAUCUUUUCAUUAAUUUUAAAAUAAGUGAACUUAAUAUAUAGAGAAAAUUUGGGUAUUAAAGAUAGAGUUGUUUUAGGACAAAUUUUAAGAAAAUAUGGUUAUUCCAUAUAUCCUUUAUAAGAAAAAAGCUUUUAAGGGACAUGCCAGUUUUAGGGUUUCUCAAAUUAGAAGCUUGGUUUUUAGCAUUGCCCGUCUUAGAGAUUCUUACAGGAAAAGAUUGUAUUAGAUAUUAUAUUUAUUUCAUUUAAGACAUUUUUGAAAAUUAAUUUUUUGAAUAAGGUAUUCUCAUUUGUCUUUUAAAAAAGCCAAUAAAAGUAUCUUUCAGUAUCAUUGUAAUAAUUUUUAGAUAUUUAGUUUGUUUAAUUUAGCAAAUAAAAACUUGUACUAUUAAUAGCUUCUUGCUUUGUGAUUGUAGGAUUAACUUGUAAAAAUCAUAUGCUUAUAUGCAAAAUAUGUUUUCAAGUUAUGGAAAUGUGUCUGUGGAAUAAUGGGGGUGUGGGGUGUGUUUGUGUGUUGAGAGAGAGUAUGUGUGUCACCAUUAUUACAACUGGAAUUGACAUU